GCGCCGGGCUGCUGGGGGCCCGGGUCGGGCUGCGGGGGGGAUCCCGAACCGGGACCGCGAUCUCUCGGUUGCUUUCCCCGGAGCGGGAGGGGUGGCCCCACUUCCCCGGGGCUCCCGAGGGGACGCACGGCAGAGCCCCUCUCCGGUUGUUCGGGAGCUCUGCUCACCCUCAGAGACCCUCCGUGUCCUCGGUCACCUGGAGCUUUGCCCGCCUCCGGGGAACGGCAGCGGGAUCGGUUCUUCUCGCUCCAGCUGUCGGAACCCCGGUGCCCCCGCCGCGUCCCGGGAAGCGGUUCCUCGCUCCCACGACCCGGCGUUCGGGGUGGGGGGGGUCUCCUCGGGCAAGGGCUCUCCAUCCCGGUGGGCGAGCAGCGGCUCCGGGGCGCACCGCGGCCGGGCCCGGUCUUUCGGUGAGGGCCACCCGAUGUCUCGGUAAGGGCUCCCGGCGCGCCGCCGGUGCGGCCCCCGCGGCCCCCCCGGGCUCAGGAGGCGCAGCGGGGCCGGCAGAGGGCGCCCGCGCUUUGCUGACUCAUAGCCCCCCCCGGUUCGGGUGCCGGGACGGGGCCCCGGGGCUGCGGGGUGUCCGUUCCACUCCUCGGGAGCCGGCAGGCGGGGCUGGGGCCUCUGGGGUGGAGGUUCCCGCUGCGGGACUGGGGGGGAGGGUAAGAGCGUGCCGGGGGGUACAGGGGGCUCAACCCCUCACCGGGACAGUUCCCCGUAGCUGUAACGGCGUCACCGGGAGGGUGACCGGGCGGGUGCGUGCGACCGGGCGGGUGUGACCGGCCGCGGGUGACUAUGCGUGUCCCCCCCCACCCCCGCCCUUUCCGCCUCUGUGUCCCGGCGUCACUCGGCUCCGGGGGCUCCAGCUCCCGCCCGGCCCCGCGGGCAGUCACCUCCCGCCGCGGCCUCCUCCGGUGCGGGGGCCGCUCACCGCCCCCGCCGCGGCGCUCCGGGCCGGGGCCUGCUUGUGUCCCGCGUCCACCCCUCCGUGGCGCCCGGGCCUCGCACGCCAAGCCCAUCAGCUCCCGGGCGAGGGGCAGCCCGGCACUGCCGGACCCCCGAGCCCCCCGCGCCCCUUUGUUGUGCGCCGGGAUUAUGAAUGGCUCCAGGCGCGGCGCGAGGGCGCGCGGGGGGCGGGGCCAGGGCGGGGCCUCCGCGGCCGCGUGGGCGGGAGGAAUCCGGCCGGACCGCCCCGCCCACCGGGCCACGUGGGGAAGCUGCACCCGCCUCCCAUUGGCCGCCAGCGCGGAUGUCUGGGCGCUCGGCGAGCUCCCAUUGGCCGCGGCCGCCGGAGGAGCCGGAGUGAAUGAGGGCGAGGCCCCGCCCGCGGGACGUUGCUACAUUGUAACUUCCCUCCCCCCCCGGUGCUCCCACGGCAGCGCGAGCGGCGGCCGGUUCGGCGGGUCCGGCCCCAGAGAAGGGGGAGCGAGGCGGCCUCCCCGCCCCUCGCCGCGGCCUCGGGCCUCACCCCGCCCCCAGAUACCCCGCACCGAGAGCACAGAGCGGCGGCGAGGAGAAAGAAAGGAGGCGGCAGGCAGGAGCAGGCAGCGCCGCUUCCACCACCCCCCCUUCCCGCGGCAGCCACCGGAGCGGGGCGAGAACGGGAGAUUUUCUAUUUUUUUUUUAUUUUUUAUAUACAUAUAUUUUUUUUAUUUUCUCCGCCUGAGCUGCGGAGGGCACGGCCGGUGCAGCCCUGCUUGGGGACCCCCCUCCUAGCCGCUCCCCCGCCUCCUCCCGGCCCCCGCCCGAGGCCUCAGCGCGUAGCCGGAGCUCCCGUGGGUCCCGCCGGGCGUGUGGCGGAGCGGGCCCGGCUCCCUCCUUUGUCCGAUCCCCCCGCCGCCCCCCGACACCGAGCGCCGCUGC